AUGUGCAACAGCUGGAAGAUUCGAGGUUCAUUCCAGGCAGUUCACGAAGAAAAACUGAGAAAGUUACACGGUGCGACUGUUAGUCAUAUGAAAUCAACCCUUUUGGAUCGAAAAAAGUUAGUUUAUAAUCUGUCGAAUCGUAUUCUUGAUGAACAUGAAUUAAAGCUCUUAUGUCGUGGAUGGAAAUUUUGCAUUGAACAGAAGGUAACAAGAACGUUGGAUUUAAAAACGGAUAUUGAACAUGCAUCUCUGUUUCCUAAACGUCUGUUGUAUGGUAGUGCAGAAGAAGGUGGAUUAUUAAUGAAAUGUCUAGACGCAACUGGAGACUCUGUGAGUGAGUUAGAUUAUAUUUAUCUUCUUGGAAUUGUUUCGAAUGAAACAGAUAUAUUACCAAUAGAUCAGGAAUCGAAUUUUAUUAAAAUUCAAUGGAACGGUAUAACAACACCAUAUUUAAAUGAUUUAUCAGAUUAUGAUUGUUAG